UUUUUCAAAAGAUCCCAACCUUUGGCAAACCUCCCACAACUCAUCUUCCAGAAACAGAGAAGAUGUCCAAUACUACUGUUUUGAUCCAUGUAGGCACCUGCUUUGGAGACGACGAUUCUCCUACAAAGGCGGUACUUCGAUUGUCACUGGCGACGGACACGGGCAUUCUAUCGGAAGCAGGCAAGCCCAUUUCCAUUGAUGGUGGCAUCAACCCAGGAUGGAUAAGUCGUUAUGUAAAAAGCAAUAGUGGUCAUGUGGUGUAUAUUGGCUUGGAAGAUGACCCUGGCACAGCCCAAGCCUUUGAGUUGGAUGGAUCCAAUCUCAAGCCACUCGGCAGUCCAUUGAGCUCCGAGGGGAGACACCCUUGCUACUGCCAAUUGGACACAAGUGGAAAAUGGUUGUUUGCGGCCAAUUAUUCUUCGGGCACCGUUUCGGUCCUACCGGUCCAACAAGAUGGGAGUCUAGGAAAACCCACAGAUUCGAAGACUUUGGAAGGACCCCUCCAAGCAGAUUUACAGGAUCGGCAAGAAGCGUCUCAUGCGCAUUGCAUUAUCCCCCAUCCAACCAAUAAAUUUGUCGUGGCGUGUGAUUUGGGAUUGUCCAAAGUGUUUGUCUUUGGGUUUGAUGCGGAGAGAGGACUCCUAUCCAAUGAUGAUGGCACGAGACAUUUGACCAUGCCCGCCGACGCGGGAUGCCGUCACUGUUGUUGGGAUGCCACGGGGGAAACGCUCUUUGUGGUCAAUGAAUUGAAUUACACGUUGACAGCCGCUUCCUUUGACGUGGAAACUGGAAUACUGAAGGAAGUGCGUUCUGUCUAUUUGCUGCGAGAUGGCGACAAGGCGGACCGAGCACAUCAUCGGGGUGCUUCGGAUAUUGCCCUCCAUCCCAAUGGCAAUUUUGUCUAUGUUGGUUGUCGAUCGCCGUCGCCCGGUGUCAUUUGCAUUUUGCAAGUCCAAGGAAAAGGAAAGGAUUGCCAGUUGUCCGUAGUGGGACAUGAAUCGACUCGAGGAGAGGUUCCUCGCAAUUUCAAGUUAAUCCGAGAUGGUACCUGGUUUGUGGUGGGAAAUCAAGAAGGCAAGAAUGUUGUCAGCUAUGCUGUCAAUUCCAACAAUGGCAUGCUGGAGUUUAAGAGCGAGAUCAGCACGGCACCCUACAAAGCUUGCAAUAUUGCCAGUCCCGAUGCCUUGAACGCCUGAUGAGUAUAGCAAAUGCUUGUGAAUGAUUAGAAGACAUGGAAUGGAGAAUGGCUGCCACUCAUCAAACUCUAGAUGCAUUUGAUAAUUAGCUAGCUCUUGCUGACAUGACGUGUUCCCUGGCCAGUGCCAACUGUGUACCGGUAGAAAGGGUUCGUUCGAGGCUUGUAUUACAGCAGGUGCACUUGCUCCAGUAGCCAGCCAAUCCUGGCCGCCUCCCAAGAUUGAGAGUUGAUCGAGAAAGCCCUGAGAUACUCCUACUUAGAAAUUGACUCGUGUUCCUGAAAACUUUUUCUAGGCACCCUUUGCUCUCCCAGAAGAAUUAGUAUAGCUAGUCUACAGGGCAUGGAUCACAGUCACAUCCACAGAGCAAAGUUCCCCGGCAUAUUGAAAUUUCACUCUUCUUCGGAUACUUCCCCCUACCAAAGUAUCUGAAAAUUGUCUGGUGAAUUUUGCCACACAGCUUUUCAGGAAUGCUCCCCCAUAAUGAUGUUAUGUCUUCUAAAGGUGCAAACCACGCCUGAUGCAUACGGUACAAAUCAUCCAGCCCUUUGGAAACCAGCCCUUUGGAAACUAGCACGCAAAAAGGCUG